GUUUUGAUCACUAAUAUGGCUUUUGUACUCUCUUUGAGUGUUUCUUGGAUUUGUUGCCUGCUAAUUGGAGGGAUAACGUGUUUUACCCUUCAAGGUAACGCUCAUGGGCAUCCUGCCUACACUGGACCUGAACCAACUGGAUCCUAUGCCCAAGCAAGUGUGGUGUCUGGUCCAAAUGCUAAAGUUACUGGCCACAAUGCCAUGUCAGCAGAAACUACUGGCCACGAUGCCACGUCAGCAGAAGCUACUGGCCACGAUGUCACGUCAGCAGAAGCUACAGGCCACGAUGCCACGUCAGCAGAAGCUACUGGCCACGAUGUCACGUCAGCAGAAGCUACUGGCCACGAUGUCACGUCAGCAGAAGCUACUGGCCACGAUGUCACGUCAGCAGAAGCUACUGGCCACGAUGUCACGUCAGCAGAAGCUACUGGCCACGAUGUCACGUCAGCAGAAGCUACUGGCCACGAUGUCACGUCAGCAGAAGCUACUGGCAACGAUGCCACGUCAGCAGAAGCUACUGGCCACGAUGCCACGUCAGCAGAAGCUACUGGCCACGAUGUCACGUCAGCAGAAGCUACUGGCCACGAUGUCACGUCAGCAGAAGCUACUGGCCACGAUGUCACGUCAGCAGAAGCUACUGGCCACGAUGUCACGUCAGCAGAAGCUACUGGCCACGAUGUCACGUCAGCAGAAGCUACUGGCCACGAUGUCACGUCAGCAGAAGCUACUGGCAACGAUGCCACGUCAGCAGAAGCUACUGGCCACGAUGCCACGUCAGCAGAAGCUACUGGCCACGAUGCCACGUCAGCAGAAGCUACUGGCCACGAUGCCACGUCAGCAGAAGCUACUGGCCACGAUGCCACGUCAGCAGAAGCUACUGGCCACGAUGCCACGUCAGCAGAAGCUACUGGCCACGAUGCCACGUCAGCAGAAGCUACUGGCCACGAUGCCACGUCAGCAGAAGCUACUGGCCACGAUGCCACGUCAGCAGAAGCUACUGGCCACGAUGCCACGUCAGCAGAAGCUACUGGCCACGAUGCCACGUCAGCAGAAGCUACUGGCCACGAUGCCACGUCAGCAGAAGCUACUGGCCACGAUGCCACGUCAGCAGAAGCUACUGGCCACGAUGCCACGUCAGCAGAAGCUACUGGCCACGAUGCCACGUCAGCAGACGCUACUGGCCACGAUGCCACGUCAGCAGAAGCUACUGGCCACGAUGCCACGUCAGCAGAAGCUACUGGCCACGAUGCCACGUCAGCAGAAGCUACUGGCCACGAUGCCACGUCAGCAGAAGCUACUGGCCACGAUGCCACGUCAGCAGAAGCUACUGGCCACGAUGCCACGUCAGCAGAAGCUACUGGCCACGAUGCCACGUCAGCAGAAGCUACUGGCCACGAUGCCACGUCAGCAGAAGCUACUGGCCACGAUGCCACGUCAGCAGAAACUACUGGCCACGAUGCCACGUCAAGUGUGAAGUCCAGCCCCGGCGGCUCAGCAGUAGCGUCCGGCGCCUCAGCAGUAGCGACAGGACCCGGCGCCUCAGCAGAAGCGACAGGACCCGGCGCCUCAGCAGAAGCGACAGGACCCGGCGCCUCAGCAGAAGCGACAGGACCCGGCGCCUCAGCAGAAGCGACAGGCCCCGGCGCCUCAGCAGAAGCGACAAGCCUUGAACAGACGGCCCGACCACUCAACUAGGGAGAUCGUAAUUUGGUUUGGCCAACUCCUUGUCUUACCCCUGUUACUGUGCCUAUUGCAGAAAAGGGUAAAGGUAACUGAGGUGGGGAAAUGUGCCAACUAAUGUGCUUGUUUGAAAUGAGUAUCUCCUUCACUUGUACAUCAUCAUGCAAAUUGUUUACAGGGGUGGACGAUACAAUGUUAUGAAUUGUUUUUAUAACCAUAUGACUAAAAUUGAUUUCUGAUGUAGCGAUAUUCCUGACACACUUUUAGGUUCUACGGUUAUGCUUUUGAUUUAGCCUGGUGUUCCUGCUACUCUUGCAUGAUUUGCUCAAUAAACCAUUUGACUUUCAAAAAA